AUGUUCUCGGAUCCUGUGGAGAAGUUCAAGGAAUUUUCGUUCAGGUUUCUUUUUGAGCAGACAGUAAAGUGUAAGGUGUUGAUGCCACAUUUCCGGAGGAUAGCAAUGCAGGUCGCAUACUACAAGGUCAGGUGCAGUCUCAGGUUUCACCGAGGAAGCAUGGCCGCCCAUGCAAGAUGCCGAGUGAUGGUGGGGAGCCUUCGAGGGUGUUCACCAGGAAGUGUCAGUGUGGGACCGUGCUUCAGAUUGCUUAGGAAGGAGGAUGGUGGAGGGUACAAUAUCACUGCGCAAACGGAGUUACUGGGAUUCUACAGAGGAUGUAGGUUAGCUGGGAAAGGCAGAAGGGUGAAUCGAUGGCAGAUUACUGCAAUGAUUACAUGCUCUACAAUGGAGAUGAGACACCGCAACAUUGGACCUUAUUGCGUGGUCGCUAAGUACAUGGUGCUCAACGCGUGUGGCGUGCAUGUGUGCGGGGCUGGUUAA